ACCAUAUAUGUACUGAGGCGUAAGACGAGAAAAAGAGAAAGAGCAGAAUAUAACGUGGAUAAUAAACACAGCUUGAUAAGACCCAGCCAGGACUUUGAAGAGAAUGGGACUCAGAGGUGUGAUGUUGUGGGUGUUUUUACUGGGAAUUGUUGCACAGAAUGUUGUCCAAGGUAACCUGACCGUCAGCAUGUACACGGUCACCUCUAAAACCGCAGUGCUGAGCUGGACUAAAUACAUGGGCUCGUCUUCAUACAGACUCACAGCGUCGCUUCGCAACUCUCCCAACCCGUCCGCCUUCAGCAUCUUCAGCCAGAACAUCGUCAUGGGCACCAUCAACACUCUGUCCUCCAACACCAACUACACUUUUAAGCUGGAGGCACUGGACAGCUCCAUGACAGUGCUAGCUCAAGCCAGUGUGGACGGAUACACUGCUCCUGACGUCCCCACCAUCACAGCGGCUUCCUCCAAACAGAGCCAAAGCAUCACAGUGGAGUUCACACAAGUCUCAGGUGCCUCCUCGUACAUCCUGCGCACCGAGACCAGCAAGGGCGCCUUCGUAUCAGAGACGUCUGUGCCUGGCUCUCCAGGGACGGUGUCCGGCUUGCAGCCUUACACCGACUACACCCUGAGCGUCAUGUCCGUCAACAGCGGUGGCAGUAGCCAGCCUUCACCCUCGGUCCAAGCAAAGACAGUGUUGGCCGCUCCUCUGCUAAACAGCAGCUCCCCCACUAACAGCAGCAUUGUGGUGAUCUGGGCUCCGGUACCGAACGCCACACUCUACAGCAUCAGCAUUAUUCGUGACGGCUCAUACCAGCAGAGUCGCCUCAACACCAGCAACACCAACGUGACCUUCAGCAACCUGGAGGCCGGCACUAACUACUGCAUCAAAGCUAAUGCCUGGAGUCCACAAAGCGUGCCUGGGGAUGACUACACCAUAUGCCAGAUCACCCGUCCUCCUACGCCUCAGUCCAUUGUACUGGUGAGCACGGCAGGGAACGGUGUAGUGGGUCUGUCAGCGUCCUGGGCUCCUGCUCAGGGAGCCAAUCGGUACUUAGCCAUGAGCUCGGCUGGACUGAACUGCUCGUCUGCAUCGACUUCCUGUACUCUGAGUCCACUGAGCUGCGGACAGAUCCAUUAUAUCUCUGUAACUGCCUUUAACCAAGCUGGACCGAGCCAAUCCUCAGGGUCGCAGCGUUACAUUUCAUUCCCCUGUCCUCCAGAGCCGGUCCAUGUGGAUGACAUCGGACGCGGUAACUGCUCCCUGUCCUGGAACCCCGUGUCCUACGUUGACUAUUACACCGCUUUCAGCAAGAGAGACGACGGUAUCGAAGAGAUGUGUAACUCCACGGGCACUUCCUGUAACUUCAGCUGCCACUGCGGCUACUCCUACAUCCUGAGUGUGUUCGCUAACAACCAAGCUGGAGCCAGUCCUCCAGGACCCCUCCUAAAUCAAACCACCGUCCCGUGCUGUCCGACGAACGUGACCGUUUCUAGAAUUUCCUGGGAGUCCCUGAUGAUCACAUGGAUUCCGGUGCGAGGGGCAGACAUGUACAAAGUGCAGGCUGUGGACUCUUCUAAAAACACAGUGCUGUGUAAUGACACCUCACCUGAGUGUGUGCUCUCUGAUCUCAACUGCAACACCAGGUACAAUGUCCUCGUCUGUCCCUGCAAUGAAGAACAGGGGUGCAAUUGCUCCUGCAAUACCCCGACACAAGAAACAGCUCCCUGUAUGCCUGAGAGAGUGACUGUAAGUCCGAUUAACUCGUCCUCCAUCAAUGUCACCUGGACGUCCACUAACAACGCCGCCAACUACACCGUCAAUGUGAUUGGAUCAGCAGGUGGCCGCCUCACCUGUCAAUCAAGCACGACAUUCUGUCAGGUGAACGGAUUAUUAUGUGGCUCCUCCUAUCAGGUCACCUCCACUGCCUCCACGGCCGCCGGACUGAGCAUGCCCAGUUACAGCGUGUACUUCCAGACAGCUCCAUGCUGUCCAGCCACUUUGAGCGUCACUCAGGUGAACCAGGCGAUGAGUAACGUCACCUGGUCAGCUGCUCAGGGAGCUCAGUCGUUUAUAGCGUCGCUGAACUCGUCGCGAGGCAACGCCGCAUGUCACACCACGCAGACCAACUGCCUGAUAGGAUGCAUCACUUGUGGAACAAACCACACUGUCUCGCUACAGGCCAUCAGCUCUGGGGGAAACAAGACAGUAUGCACGUACCAUGGCUUCUCCACCAGUGUGUGCUGUCCUUCAAGAAUCCGUCUUUACACACGCCUCAAUAAUACCCUGCGUGUUUCAUGGUGGUCCUCGAGCUCCUCCAGUAACUUCACAGCCCAGGUGACAGGUGGAGGCCGGGCCUAUGCUUGCAGCCCCGCACCGGGACAGAGUAUGUGUGACGUCUCAGAGGUCACGUGUGGUGAUGUGUACACAGUCAUUGUGGCACCCAUAAACCCAGACGGAACCGUGGUGCCGUUCUGUCCCAGUAGGAUGUACUCCGUUUAUUGCUCAGGCAGAGAUAUCGGAAUGGUACUCUAUCGAGGAAAGAGAAGUCUGGAUUAGCAAACGCUUCAUCUGACAUCAGACCAAAGAGCACAACUGCACUCUUCUGCAUAACAUCCUCAACAUCCCCAUGUUACCAACUCGUACUAACACACAAUACUCCUGUCGUAUCCAAGAGAUCAAAUAAUUACAUAUAUUGAUAAGUAUGUGUGCCUUAAUGCUAGACAUAGUGUAUUUAAAACCAUUCAAAGCCAUUAAAAGCAUGUAUUCAAAAGGUACUUAUUAACCCAACUACCCAAGAGCAAGUGAAAUCAAUGUAUUCAUGGUAUGUACGUAAAAUGAGGACUAAAGUAUACGGUUUAUGCGUUUAUGUGUUUGUUGGGCCACACAAAUGUAACUUGAACAUUGUAUUUACUUUACAUAGGCGAGUAGAAAUAAUUGACCAGAUUUAAAUGAAGUGCACAUGAUUCAGGUAUCCCAAAAUGUUCUCAGGGUAAUGGCCAUUUUUUUCUUUCUCUCUUUGUUCUAUUAAUGCCAGAAAUAUUAUAGUUUAUAGUGAAGCAAAGCACGAAAAAAUAAAAAAAAAUAAAAAAAGGUUUAAAAAGUAAAAAUGAUCCAACUAAUAUGUCAAAUGUCAAAGAUUUGAGAACUCAUUUUGUUUUCAAUUUGAAUUAACUUCAAUUUUAUGAACGCUUUUUCCUAUGUCUUAUGCCUCCAAAGGAAACAAUUGUUUUUAUUUUAUAAAUACUAUAAUCUUUGGAUGUAAUGAAAAAAACAGUUUGGAAUAUAUCUGUUAGUAUCAAAUAAAUUCACGAACAUUC